AUGUACAAAAUGAUCUGUCAGCAGACCGGCUGGGGCGGCCAACCCAUCAAAUCCGCUGCCCACGGCGACGACACCCGCGACCCCUCCGAGCGCCUGCGCCCCGUCGAAAACCACCCUCGCCUGCGCAUAACCUUCAACGGUUCAGUAUCAGACGUCCUUCCGUGGAAGUUCGUCCCGCAGCAGCGCGAAGUCCGCGUCCUACCUGGCGAAACGGCACUGGCUUUCUACACCGCGACCAACAAGUCCAGCGAAGAUAUCAUUGGCGUUGCGACAUACAGUGUCACGCCGGGCCAAGUGGCGCCGUACUUCAGCAAGAUCCAGUGCUUUUGCUUCGAGGAGCAGCGUCUGAAUGCGGGCGAGACGGUGGACAUGCCUGUGUUCUUUUACAUUGAUCCUGAGUUUGUCAUGGAUCCGAAUAUGAAGGGGAUCGAGACAGUGACGUUGAGUUAUACGUUUUUCAAAGCCAAGUAUGACAAGGAUGGUCAUUUGACUCCUGUUGCUGGGUAGUAGGAAACAAGAAUAUGUGCGAGUUUGUAUGAAUGGCUUUGGAUUGUACAUUAUACCCAACCCCUAGAAUUGUACCAACGUUGUUCUGAU